CCAACUGGUCAUAUGGUACAAAAAGAAGAAAAUUCUGCUUGGCAAGUGUGGCACAGGAGGAGUAGAGCGUGUCCCCGAGGAUCUAUUCCUGUAAGAAGGUCUGAAGACACCCUUUUUCAGAAGAAUGAGACAGUUUCUCCCAAUGCCGCUGCAGAUAGAGCCACUCGUGGACACCAGUAUGCAACCGCGUACGUCAACAGCAAACCGAAAAUUUAUGGUACCAAAGCUACCAUAAAUGUCUGGGAUCCGAUCGUUCAGGGAUCGGGCGACUUUAGUUUAGCCCAGAUUUGGCUCUCGUCAGGAAGUUACGAGACCAACGACCUCAACACCAUUGAGGUGGGUUGGCAGGUUUUCCCGAGUAAGUAUGGUGAUGCCCAACCACGACUGUUUACAUAUUGGACUACAGAUGCAUAUUAUUCGGGAUGCUACAGCCUCCGUUGCCCAGGGUUCUUGCAGACGAGUAGCAGGAUCGCAUUGGAGGCUGCCAUUAGCCGCACGUCCACCUAUGGAGGCGACCAGUCUGGUAUCACCAUCCAGAUUUGGAAGGAUCCUAUAUCUGGCAACUGGUGGUUGGCUGUUGGGGUCGUCACUUUUGAACCGGUCGGGUAUUGGCCGGCCGAGCUAUUCACCAAUAUGUCUGACCAUGCAACAAUGGUAGAGUGGGGCGGAGAGAUCUUAUACCAAAACAUCUCUGGCCUGAGCACAAUAACCCAGAUGGGAUCCGGGGAGUAUGCUGAGAAAGGUUACAGAAAAUCUGCCUAUUUCUGUAACCUCAGCAUCGCCGAAGAACCCAAUUCCCUUCAACCAGUGGAUGAUUUCAACAUGCAAGCAGACCACAAAGAUUUGUAUACAAUAACGAAGUCGAACACAGAAGCUUGUGGCAAUCACUUCUAUUUUGGGGGUCCUGGUUAUGGACAUGUGCGUUCGACAGCGGUUCGUGGAGCAGCUUCUCUUGUUCUCUUGUUUUCUACAGUUUUUUUAGUUUUAUGGUUUUUGUGAUAGUAUAUCUCUGUCUGUUAAAUAAAAAGUUGAUAAUAAUUAA